AUGGAUACGACUAUGUCAUUGUUCGAAGCUAUUCCGUUCAGGGGAUCUGGAGGUGGUGGCAUGUUUGGAGAUGUUAAUAUAUCAGCUAUUUUAGACUCUUUUAGUAUAAGUUAUGACAAAAGAGUAAGGCCAAAUUAUGGAGGUCCGCCAGUGGAGGUGGGCGUCACCAUGUAUGUGCUGUCUAUCAGCUCCGUCUCCGAAGUGCUCAUGGUACUCGUCCCUGUCAGCUCACGCUUGACUCGGCCGCUUCGGCGCACGCCGAACGACCGAGCAGCCCUAGUUACGAGGCUGCGAGCAUGUCUACGUUUUGUCUAA